GUAAAAAUGUCCAUUUAGUCUAAAAAUAAUUCGCGAAUCUAUAUAAAAAAAAACGUAGCAGUAAUUAGCCACACCGGCAGAAGUUUGACUACAAUAUAGACAGUUAAAGUAGGUUUAACCUCAUUAAAUUCGCGUUUAAAUGCAUAUUUUUCGCAUUAUUAUAACUAUUCUGGUAUAGGCACGGAGCAAAUCACAUAUAAACACCGUGUUUUUAUUUAUCUGGUGAGGGUUUUUUAAAUCAAAGCUUAUCGCUGAACACAGGCUGUGUUGCUGUCCACUGAUGCUGCGGUAAUACACGGUCAGUCCGAGAACUGGCUGCGGUGAUGAUGAAAACGACGUGAGACGGACGCUGUGUCUUCACUGUGUGUGUGCGUGUGUGUGUGUCACUGAAUUUCUGAGGAAGUAAAAGACACUGACGGAAAGGGGGGAAAUGGACGACAGAUGCGUGGCUCUCCUGGGUGGAUUUUUACCCGUAUCCACGACGAAAAUGUGGACCUGUGCCUCGGUGUCGGUGUCCGUGGAGAUGGAUCCGUGGUGUCUGCUCUAAAGCCACGGGAUGCUAGCUGGCUAGCUCGCUCCUUGACGCGUCUUCCUCACGGUGGGAGGUUUUCAUUUUAGAAAACUUUCGACACCUCUCACUUCGAUAACCUCCCAUAAAUCAGGUUAAUAUAAACUCAGACGACCGACUUUACCCGGUGGCUUUCAGCGUCUGACCUGUAAUUAUUGAGCUGACUUUGGAAGUAGCUGUUAGCAUUAACGCUAGCCCAAAAUUAGUUGAGCUAAUUAACAUAACGUUUAGCCGAAAAAGGAAGGAAAUACUUUACAUAAUUUACAUAUCUUACACGACCAGCCGUCGGGCACCACUUUAUUUGCAAUAAGCGUCUAAUAUGUAAAACUGUUUGCGUUUAUUUGCUCUUUUAAAUGAACUACUAGUUCUGGUAGCUUCAUGUUUACAGAGUAGCUACCUGGUCGUGAUAUCCUAAAUAUUUUUUUAUGUAUUUGCUGUAAUGUGUAAAGUUGGAAUCUAAUCUUUAAUUCAUAGGUUUAAAAGGAACUACCUCACCAAAUAGGCUAGAGGCAAUGCCAGUAUUAAUGUUAAUUGUACUGAAGGAAACUUAUAUUUAGUUAAAAUGUGUUGAUCUACUGCAACAGUGUUGGUUCUUCAAACGCUCUGCAGGUAGUAUUUGCUUUUAUUCCACAUUAGGUGUAGCUCAUAGCUGCCAGAUAUGCGUCUUUCCUCGUUUCUGGCCCUGUUCAGGCCUGCUUUGCCCCUUAUCCUCGGGCUGUCUCUGGGCUGCAGUCUGAGCCUUUUGAUGGUGUCCUGGACUCAAGGGGACGCAGAUGACUCCUGUGGAGGAGAGCUGGGCAACGGCCGGCUCUUUGUGGACAGAAAAAGUCCCCAGAGAGACUCGAGAGAUGCGGCUGGAGAUGAGGACUUCCAGCCGCGUAUAGUGCCCUACCACAAGGAUCCCAACAAGCCACACAAGAAAGUCCUCAGAACUCGAUACAUCCACACCGAGCUGGGCAUCAGAGAGCGUCUGCUGGUGGGCGUGCUGACGUCCCGGGCCACCCUGAACACGCUGGCCGUGGCGGUGAACCGCACAGUCGCCCACCACUUCCACCGGACCUUUUUCUUCACGGGCCUGCGCAGCCCCAAGGUGCCCCACGGCAUGACCGUGGUCGCCCACGGCGACGACCGCCCGGUGUGGCUGAUGUACGAGACCGUGCGCCACCUCCACCAGCACUACGGCUCGGACUACGACUGGUUCUUCCUGGCCCAGGACGACACGUACAUGCAGGCGGAGCGGCUGUCGGAGCUGGUGGGCCACCUCAGCGCGGGGCAGGACCUGUACAUGGGAAGGGCGGAGGAGUUCAUCGGCGGAGAGGAGAAAGCGCGCUACUGCCACGGUGGCUACGGCUACCUGCUCUCGCGCAGCCUGCUGGCGCGUCUGCAGCCGCAUCUCGACACCUGCCGCAAUGACAUCCUCAGCGUGAGACCUGAUGAGUGGCUGGGCCGCUGCAUUAUUGACUACCUGGGUCUUAGUUGUGUAGAAGUGCACCAGGAAAUGACCUAUCGUUACUUUGAGCUGGGGAAAAACGCAGAUCCAGAGCGUGAAGACAGCGCACAGUUUAAAAAUGCCUUCACGGUCCAUCCUGUGUCCGAACCUAAUCUCAUGUACCGCCUGCACAAACGCUUCAGCCAGAUAGAGUUGGAAUGGACUUACCUGCAGAUCCAGCAGCUGCAGAUGCAGAUCAACAACCUGAGUGAUCUGACUCCAGAGGGUAAGGCCGGGGUGACGUGGCCAAUCGGAAUCAACCCUCCCUUCAAACCCAGGACCCGUUUCGAGGUCAUAAACUGGGAGUACUUCACUGAAGAGCACAUUUACUCCUGCGUCGACAGCUCCCCGAAGUGUGAGAUGAGAGGGGCCGACCGUGCCGACGUGAGCGCGGUCCUGGAGAUAGCGGUGGAGCGUCUCAACGAGCGCUACCAGCCGCAGCUGCGCUUCCGCAAGCGGCGUCUCCUCAACGGCUACAGGCGCUUCGACCCCACGCGGGGAAUGGAGUACAUGCUGGACCUCGCCCUGGAGGCCUACACGCAGAAAGGACACAGCCAGGUCAUUGCCAAACGGGUCAACCUGUUGCGACCUCUGAGCGCGGUCGAGAUUAUCCCGAUGCCUUAUGUGACCGAGGCGACGCGAGUGCAGGUCAUCCUUCCCGUCACAGCCCAGGACCAGGACUACGUCGGCAAUUUCCUCGACAUGUACGUGAUGAACACUCUGGACACCCACGACAACGUCCUGCUCACCUUCUUGUUCAUCUACGACCCGUUCGACGCGCAGCGAGUCAGCCAGACCGAUGUGUUCGCUGGCAUCAAGGCCAUGAUAGGGGAGGUGGAGAAGCGCUACGGAGACGUGAAAAUCCCCUGGAUCAGCGUGAAGACGGAGGUGCCCUCCCAGGUCAAGCUGAUGGACAUCAUCUCUAAGAAGCACCCGGUGGACACGCUGUUUUUCCUGGCGAGCGUUUGGACGGAGGUCAACGCCGACUUCCUGAAUCGCUGCAGGAUGAACGCCAUCAGCAACUGGCAAGUCUUCUUCCCCAUCCACUUCCAAGAGUACAGCCCGGCCGUCAUCUACCGCGACCAGCAGCCGUCCGCCGCCUCCGCCUCCUUCGCCGCCGAGUCGCUGCGCGACGGCCACUUCGACCGGCACGUCUUCGACGAGGCCUGCUUUUACAACGCCGACUACAUGACGGCGCGCACCAAGAUGGCGGCGGACAUCCUGGACAACGAGGAGCUGCUGGAGAGCAUGGACGUGUACGACAUCUUCGUGCGCUACUCGGGCCUGCACGUGUUCAGAGCUGUGGAGCCGGCGCUCAUACAGAAGUACGUGCGGCGAGCGUGCAACCCGCGCUUCAGUGAGGACAUCUACCACCGCUGCGUCCUCAGCAACCUGGAGGGUCUGGGCUCGCGUUCGCACCUAGCGAUGGCUUUAUUUGAGCAAGAGCAGGCCAACAGCACAUAGAGGACUGAACCGCUGGAGUGUCGUUGUACGUCACGCGCUCGGUCUGGAAUAAAGAUACAUUUUAAUGAUUCUCAGUCUUUGGGUUCAACCAAAAAAAAAAAAAAAAAAAUGGUGCUCAAGGACACUUAUGCAGAGCAAAGUUUAUGUCUCGGUUGUGUCCUGCAGCUGAAGAUCUCUUUGCUCGCUGCCUGGUUUGAGAAUAUACUGCAAACUUUAAAUCUGUCACGGAGGUGUCACUUUUGCACGACUCCCUGACCAGACCUGCUGAGGACCUAUCGAUGUGUGCCCAAAGGAGGCAAGAACCAUAUUUAUACAGGUUUUUUUAUUUUUGUUUGUUUGUUUCUUUUUUAAAUAUCGGAGGUGGUGUCUUUAAAUGAUGAAAGAAUAAAUGCCUUCUCUAAUUAAUAAGUCGUGGAGAGAAAAAAAUGUUGAGCCAUAAGUCUUCUUUUGUGAAGAUGUUCACAGAUGGGGAAAAAAAAAAAAAAAAAAUCAGCUGCCUUUUCUUUAAGAUUUGUUCUUUUUAUUAAAGAGUUGUAUUUCCUCUCA